AUGGAGUUGACAUUCCACCAAGCCAACAAGUCGAAUUUCACAUCAUCUUCUUCACAUUUUUCACAUAAAUAUAUCUCCAAUUCAGAUUUACUCUCCAAAGAGUUCUCCGACUCCAAACGCUUCUUAGUUUGUGCACGGAUAAAUGAUCUGAAAUCACCUUGGCCUACCCCAGCAGUUGAACUUGUACUACCAGCCCCACCCUCCUUUAAUUGGCUUAUAUCUUGUUCAAUAGUUUCAAAUUAUAAUACCAUUUUCGAUCUUCCUUCAACAUCUGUGCUGCUCAUUUGCAGAGAAAUGGGUGUCAACUCUAACAGAGUGGAACCCCUUGCAUGUCCAGAAACCACUCUGAGAAUACAUGCAGAGUUGGUGGCAAUGCCACCCUUGCAAAUCCACAACGUUUGCUUGCCACCAGAGCAAACCACUUUCCAGAAACUCAAGCACAGGCUCGCCGAGAUUUUCUUCCCCGACGACCCACUUUACAGAUUCAAGAAUCAAACAUGGUUCAGGAAAUUCAUCCUGGCUCUUCAGUUUUUCAUCCCCGUGUUUCAGUGGGGGUCUGAGUACAAUGUUAGUCUUCUGAGGUCCGAUGUCAUAUCUGGUCUGACAAUUGCUAGCCUGGCUAUCCCGCAGGGAAUCAGUUAUGCAAAGCUUGCCAAUUUGCCACCUAUAGUCGGGCUAUAUUCAAGCUUUGUGCCCCCACUGACAUACGCCAUCCUUGGAAGUUCCAGACAUCUUGGCGUUGGCCCUGUCUCAAUAGCAUCUUUGGUCAUGGGAUCAAUGCUAAGCGAAGAAAUCUCUCCUAAUGAAGAUCCAAUUACUUACCUUCAAUUGGCCUUCACUGCCACCUUCUUUGCUGGUGUAUUUCAGGCAUCUCUAGGUCUAUUAAGGUUAGGUUUUAUAAUUGAUUUUCUCUCAAAGGCAACUCUGGUUGGGUUUAUGGCUGGUUCAGCAGUCAUUGUGUCAUUGCAACAGCUAAAAGGAUUGCUCGGACUUGUCCAUUUCACUAGCAAAAUGGAUAUUGUUCCUGUCAUAUCCUCUGUUUUGAAGCAGACAGAUGAGUGGUCUUGGCAAACCAUUGUAAUGGGUUCUGGUUUCCUCCUCUUUCUGUUGACAACGAGGCAUAUCAGCAUUAGGAAACCAAAGCUUUUUUGGGUCUCAGCAGCAGCACCAUUAACUUCGGUUGUUCUCUCGACCCUACUAGUUUUCCUCCUCAAGUCCAAGACUCAGGGAAUUCCAAUUAUUGGCAACUUGCCAAAGGGCCUUAAUCCUCUUUCACUAAACAUGCUAUGCUUUAGCGGCCCCCAUCUAGCCGUUGCUAUCAAAACUGGCAUCAUAACAGGGAUCUUAUCUCUCACUGAAGGAAUCGCUGUGGGGAGGACGUUUGCUGCUCUGAAAAACUACCAAGUAGAUGGAAACAAAGAAAUGAUGGCUAUUGGCCUUAUGAACAUGGCUGGUUCAUGCUCCUCAUGUUAUGUUACUUCAGGAUCGUUUUCUCGAUCUGCUGUAAACUAUAACGCUGGAGCUCAAACAGCAGUGUCGAAUAUAGUCAUGGCUUCAGCUGUGCUUGUGACCCUGCUGUUUCUCAUACCACUAUUUUAUUACACUCCCACUGUCAUCUUGGCGGCCAUCAUCAUAACAGCUGUGAUUGGGCUGAUCGAUUAUCAGGCUGCAUACAAGUUGUGGAAAGUCGACAAACUUGAUUUCGUGGCUUGUUUGUGCUCCUUUCUUGGUGUUCUUUUCAUUUCAGUGCCAACAGGUCUUGCCAUUGCGGUUGGAGUUUCGGUUUUCAAGAUUCUCUUGCAUGUCACCAGGCCAAACACCAUGGUUUUAGGGAAUAUCCGUGGUACUCAAAUAUACCAAAAUCUCAUCCGGUACAGAGAUGCUUCAAGGGUACCCUCGUUUCUCAUUCUAGCUGUUGAGUCUCCCAUCUACUUCGCAAACUCCACCUACCUGCAAGAAAGGAUACUAAGAUGGGUUCGAGAGGAGGAAGAGUGGAUAAAAGCAAAUAAUGGGAGUACAUUGAAAUGCUUAAUUCUAGACAUGACAGCUGUGACAGCCAUAGAUACAAGUGGUAUUGACACAAUAUGUGAAAUAAGAAAGAUGCUGGAGAAAACAUCACUUCAGCUUGUGUUGGCAAAUCCUGUUGGAACUGUGACGGAAAAGCUAGAUCAUUCAGGAAUCUUGCAGUCCUUCAAGUUGAAUGGACUCUAUCUCUCUGUUGGAGAAGCUGUGGCCAAUAUAUCGUCUUUGUGGAAGGCUCAGCCAUGAGUUACGGAAGGGGUUCUAUAGCACAAUGGAAAGAAACGAAGAUAUACGAAGAUACGGCAACACUUGGCAGAUUGUUGCAAUCUAGGAAGAGUUCUAGUCAGGAACUCAGGAGAGGAAUUUUCUUUUGUUUUUUUAAACGGUUUCGGCUGUGAAUGUUCAUGUUUUUUAUCCAUAUUUUUGUAUCUUCUUUUUUACAAGACAAGAGGAAAGCUAUGAUCUUCUCAGAAAAAAAUUUUGAAGUUCAAAUUUUUGCAUUUCA